GAAAUUAAAAAAUUAAAAAAAAAUUAGACGUAAAUCGAAAUGUAUAUUCAAACAUUUCGCGGAUUCAUUCACUGAGUAUAUAUCCGGUUCAGUUCCAUAUAAAUGGAAGGAAUGACAGGUAAAUUGAAGAAAUUGACGUAAAGUUGAAUUACCGAACAAAGGAAAUUAUUAUAAGAGGAAUUUUUGAAGCUACAGUUGCAAGCAUAAGUUGCAAUAUAUUGUGAGUGGUUUAAUAUUUGUUUUCAAUGGCGAACCAUGAUGAGUUGGUUUCGCAAUUUAUAGAUACAACUGGGGUUGAACCUGAAGAAGCACAAUUUUAUCUUGAGUUAUCUAAUUGGCAACUCGAGGUUGCUCUUGACACAUUUUAUUAUCCUCUUGCUUUACCUUCAUUAUCUAAUGAACCUGCUGAAGGUUCAGCAUCAGAAGAGGAACGUGCUGAUAUUUCAGAUAAAAAUACAGGAAGUGUAAAAUCAUCAGAAAUGGAAGGAAAAUCAUCAAAAGAAAAAGUAAAACCAAAGUCCAAAUAUGCAAUACUUAGUGAUCUUAAAGAUAGAGAAAGCAGCCCUGAAGAUGAGGAAGGACAAGCAUUUUAUGCUGGUGGUUCUAAACAUACUGGACAACAGAUUUUAGGACCAGGGAAGAAAAAAGAUAUUGUUAGUGAUAUGUUUAAAUCAUGUCAGAGACAAUCAAUUGCUGUAGAACCAAAAUCAAGUGGACAUCAAAGACCAAAUACCUUUAGCGGUACGGGUUACAAGUUAGGUCAAACUAGUUCAGAUACUGAAAUUGUUACUGCUACAUCAUCUAAUCAUCAACAAACAAAUUCUGGAUUAAUUACCUUAAAAUUAUGGAAAGAUGGGUUUACUAUAAAUGAUUCUGAACUUCGAUUAUAUAGUGAUCCAGAAAAUAGAGAAUUUCUUGAAACUAUAAAGCGAGGUGAAGUACCAGCAGAAAUACGUCAAGAGAUACAAGGUACUGAAGCACGUCUUGACAUGGAAGAUCAUCAUCAUGAAACAUAUGUUCCUCCAAAAAUUAAGGUGAAAGCUUUUAGUGGAAAAGGACAUAUGCUAGGGAGCCCUUCUCCAGCUACUGUUGGCAUGACAAUACCAACAGAUCUUGCAGAUCAAGCAGCAAAUGAAUCUCAGGCAAAGCAAAAAUUAAAUUUAGAUGAAUCAAAACCUGUUACAACAUUACAAAUUCGUCUUGCUGAUGGAACUAGUGUAAAAGCUCAAUUUAAUUUAACUCAUACUAUUAAUGACUUGAGGCAAUAUAUAAUAACCAUGAGACCUCAAUAUGCUAUGAGAGAAUUUAGUUUAUUAACGAUGUAUCCUACUAAGGAGCUUACAGAAGAUAAAACUAUUGAAGAAGCUGGUUUACAAAAUACGACAAUAAUUCAACGACUGAAAUAAAUGUCUUUUUUAGAUCCUUAGUUAUGGGAGUUUAAGUGAUGUAUUGAUUAGACGAUUCUUAAAUAUAUAUUGAAAUACUUGAAAAUAACAUUUCAACACACUUUAGUAAUUGAA